AUGGCAUUGAGCAAAUAUGGGGUGAUAUACAAGGUAGCAACCCCAUAUCACCCCCAAACAUGUGGCCAAGUCGCAGUGUCAAAUUGGGAAAUCAAAAACAUCCUGGCAAAGACAGUAAAUGCCAACAGAACUGAUUGGUUUAGGAAACUCGAUGAUGCACUAUGGGCAUAUCGAACUGCUUACAAAACACUUAUUGGUAUAUCUCUAUAUCAGUUGGUUUAUGGUAAGGCUUGUCAUUUGCUCGUCGAGUUAGAACACAAAGCAUUAUGGGCAUUGAAAGCUUUAAAUUUGGACGGGUCAAAAACAUCAAGAGAGAGGGUAGAGCAGUUCAACGAACUGGAUGAAUUUAGACUCAGAUCGUAUGAAAGUUCAGCCAUCUACAAAGAGUACAUGAAGAAAUGGCAUGAUUCUCGGAUACUCAAGCGGGGCUUCAAUGCAGAAGAUUGGGUUUUGCUAUAUAAUUCUCGACUUAGACUCUUUCCUAGAAAGCUCAAAUCCAAUGGUGAGUGUUCACCAAUGGUGCCAUAG